UCUAGGUUGAUUUUGGAGGGGGCUCCUCUCAUAGCAAUCCAUAAAGCCAGGUAUUUCAAGAAGAAGGAUGGGCUGUGUCUGGGACCUGGACCUUUUGUGACAGGGCUGGAGUACGCAACGGACACCAAAGCCACCGUGGUGGGGAAGCCAGAGAAGACCUUCUUCCUGGAGGCUCUGCGGGGCACUGGCUGUGCCCCCGAGGAGGCUGUCAUGAUUGGAGAUGACUGCAGGGAUGAUGUUGGUGGUGCCCAGCAGGCAGGAAUGCGUGGGAUUUUGGUGAGGACGGGUAAGUGCUUGAUGGAUCGGUGAUUUCAGGAGACAGUGGUGCCUUCAGAGAUCUCACCCUGUGCCCAGAAGUGAAGGUACUCUGAGCCCUGGGCCAGCCCUGCUGCUGUGUGCCAGCCACCCUCACAUCUCUGCUGGGGUGGUGCAGAGGCAGCCUG